AUGGCUGACAGAUGGAAAUUUUGGGGUGUGGCACCUGCCAUACUGCAGAUGAGCCGAGAUCAUACAAAAUUCUAUGUAGGGCGAGCACUGUGGGCCAGCAUUACUUUUCUCUAUGUUUCGGUUGUGUACGUAGUGCAAAUCUCCUGGCUGAGCAUGGCAGAAGACUUCCAGUGCCACGGGAACAUCUCCGACGCCUGUCUCGCAGAGUGUUAUGAGAGCCACUUCACUAGGCCUGUUCUAGGAGUCUGGUAUUUGGUUGGCUUUGUCUUUUCCUCCAUCUUUUUUGUGAUGGAGUUUGUUGUCUCUCAGAAUGUACAUAAACAAACCAAGAUGUUUAGGAAGCAAUCUUUAGAAGAAAAAGAGUCCAGCAACACUGUCACUGACGUAGACUGUACAAAGACAGAAAAAGAAGUGACUUUUGACUUAUCCAUGGAAAAGCCCCUGUUGGCAAGGUAUCUUGCCUACUUCCUGGUACAGAUGUCUGUGCAGCGAUCAGUUAACUACAGCCACAAUCAAGAUACACCCUUUCCGUCUGGCGGCAGCCAUAAGGUAAGCCAAGAUGGUGCAUACAGGUAUAUCCAGGAGCUAUGGAGGAAGAAGCAGUCUGAUGUAAUGCGCUUUCUUCUGAGGGUCCGCUGCUGGCAAUACUGCCAGCUCUCUGCGCUCCACAGGGCUCCCCGCCCCACCCGCCUGGAUACAGCGCGCAGACUGGGAUACAAGGCCAAGCAAGGUUUUGUCAUAUAUAGGAUUCGUGUGCGCCAUGGUGGCCGCAAACGCCCAGUUCCUAAGGGUGCAACCUAUGGCAAGCCUGUCCAUCAUGGUGUUAACCAGCUAAAGUUUGCUCGAAGCCUUCAGUCUGUUGCAGAGGAGAGAGCUGGACGCCACUGUGGGGCUCUAAGAGUCCUGAAUUCUUACCUGGUUGGUGAAGAUUCCACGUACAAAUUUUUUGAGGUUAUCCUCAUUGAUCCAUUCCAUAAAGCUGUCAGAAGAAAUCCUGACACCCAGUGGAUCACCAGACCGGUCCACAAGCACAGGGAGAUGCGUGGGCUGACAUCUGCAGGCCGCAAGAGCCGUGGCCUUGGAAGGCAUAAGUUCCACCACACUAUUGGUGCUUCUCGCCGUGCAGCUUGGAGAAGGCGCAAUACCCUUCAGCUCCACCGUUACCGCUAA